AUGAAAAAUGAUGAUAGUUCAUUCUAUAGUGUUGUCUAUCAAGAUAUCUAUGAUCCAUAUCCUUUAUCAACAGAAUUGCCAUCAUCUGAAAAUGAAGUCCCCUUUAAACAAUUAAGGUUAUGAAAGUAAAAAAUAAUUAGUGGUGAUGAAGCAAUAGAGAAAAGUUACAUGGAAUCAAAUUGUUAAUCAUCUGUCUGGGCAAAAAGAGGAACCAAAGCAUCAUUUUUAUUGACAAGUAUAACAAUAAUGAAAAGCAUGGUUGGUGUUGGAAUUUUAGGAAUUGUAAUUUAAAUAAAUAUUUAUAGCCAAACGUGAUGAAAAAUUUUGGAGUAAUAUUAACAAUAGUUAUCAUGGGUAUUGUUUACUUUUUAGGAAUGACAUCAUCUAGAGUAUUGCUUAAAUGUAAAAAUCUAAGCAAAAAAAGUAAUUAUUCCACUAUUGGAUAUUUUAUUUUUCGUCAUAGUUGGAUAAUUUACACAGUUAAUUUAAUUAUUACUCUCUCUAAUAUAACUACAUGUUUAAGUGAAUUGAUGUAAUCAAAUAUAAUAAUAUUAUACUAGUAUUUUUGGAGAUGCAUCAUAGUUAUUAAUUAAAUUUUAUAAAGGUUAAGAUUAUGAAGUUCCAUUUUAUUUAUCUAGAACUUUCUUACUUUGUAUACUAGGACUACUUCUUACACCUUUACUCAUUGUAAAAUCAAUAGAAAAGUUAAGAUUUGUUAGUUUAACUGCAAUUCUAUCGAUUAGCACUUUUACGGCUUUAGCAUUUUACAAUUUCUUUACCAAAGAUAAAAUACCAGAUGGUAUCACUAUAAUCUAUUGUAUAUAUAGGAUUUUCAUUUUUGAUACCAGAAACAUUUGAUUUCAAAAAUGCAAUGUCUGCUCUUCCAACUUUGCUUUUAGCUUACAAUUGGCAAUUUAAUUUAUUUCCUAUUUUUAAAGGAAUGGAAGGUCCAACUGAUUAAAAAAUGAAAUAUGCAAUGUUUACUGGAUAUUCUAUGGCUUCCUUUUUAUAUUUAUGCGUUGGAAUAUUAGGUUAUGCAACUUAUGGAAAUGAAGUAUACAUAUAUAUCAAUAAUGUAUUAGAUUUAAACAAACUAUUUAAAGAGUAUUAAAUCUGAUGAGGUUGGGGCUGUAUUAUAUGUAAUUUUAAAUAUAACUUUUGUUAUAUCUACUACAUUAACCUUACCUGUAUUAUUUUUUGGAGGAAGAAAUAAUUUUAUAUAAAUUGUUAAAUAGUUGACCUCAGAAAAAAAAACAGUUUAAGAAGUUAAGGGUUAUAAAGAAUUUUUAGAUGAAACAAAUGCCAAGAGGCAAGAAAAACUUAUAGAAAUUAAAUUAAAAAAAAAAUCAUAAAAAAUUCGAUUUUAUUUGUUAACAUUUGUCCUUUUCUUAAUACUAAUGUGUGGAGCUAUAUUUUUAGAUAAUCUUGCUUUAGUUUUUAAUAUAAAAGGAGCUGUUUUUUGUAAUUCAAUAUAAUUUGUAUUGCCAACAAUAUUUUAUAUUAAAUUGGUGGAAAAGGUUAAAAGAUAUCGAUUUAAAAAUAAAUAGAAAUAAUAUUUUUAUUAUGGCAUAAAAAUAUUAUUCUGUUUGAGUUGGAUAUUUUUGGUUACUUGUGUUGUUUGUGGCACAAUGGCAGCAGGUCAUUGA